UAUCUCCAGGUUCUGAGUCCGACGUAUAAACAAAGAAAUGAAGAUUUUCGGAAACUGUUUAAACAACUGCCAGAUACAGAGCGCCUCAUUGUUGACUAUUCCUGUGCUCUGCAGAGGGACAUUUUACUACAGGGGCGCCUUUACCUGUCUGAGAACUGGAUAUGCUUCUACAGUAACAUCUUUCGCUGGGAGACUCUGUUAACAGUACGUUUGAAGGAUAUCUGCUCAAUGACUAAAGAAAAGACAGCCAGACUAAUUCCAAAUGCAAUCCAACUUUGCACUGACACUGAGAAGCACUUUUUCACCUCAUUUGGGGCAAGAGAUCGAACCUACAUGAUGAUGUUCCGGCUCUGGCAGAAUGCUUUGCUCGAAAAGCCUUUGUGUCCGAAGGAACUCUGGCAUUUUGUUCACCAGUGCUAUGGCAAUGAGCUGGGCCUUACUAGUGAUGACGAGGACUAUGUCCCCCCAGAUGAUGAUUUUAACACUGUGGGUUAUUGUGAAGAGAUACCAGUGGAAGAGGUUGAGGUAAACGAUAAUUCCUCCAAAAGCAGCAGUGAAAUUAAGGCAGAAACAAACUGCAACCUACCGGACCCUUCUCUGUCGAGCAGUAAUGUGCCAUCAACAGCGAGCAGUGAUGCCCCAGCUGUAAGUACUCUUCUAUCAUUGUGGUUUGCAUUGUACGAUAUUGACAGCUCUUUAGAGAGGGAGAUGUUGAUUGCAAACAUGGAGGACCAGAAAGUGGAGCUCCUUCCUCCGGUCAUGUCUCCAUCCUUGGACCUAAAUGAUAAUGAAGACCUGCCCACAGAGCUUAGCGAUUCAUCUGAGACACAUGACGAAGGUGAAGUUCAGGCUUUCUAUGAGGAUCUGAAUGGCCGGCAGUACAUCAAUGAAGUGUUUAGUUUCAACGUGGACAAACUCUUUAGCCUCCUGUUUAGUGAAUCUCAAUUUCUAAGGGACUUUAUGGAGCAGCGGCGGUUUACAGAAGUGAUAUUUCACCCAUGGAAGAAGGAGGAGAAUGGAAACCAGACCCGGGUUAUUUUAUACACCAUUGCACUAACCAAUCCUUUGGCUCCUAAAUCGGCAACGGUCACGGAGACCCAGACGCUAUACAAGGCCAGCCAGGAGAGCGAAUGUUAUGUAGUUGAUGCUGAAGUGCUGACACAUGAUAUACCUUAUCACGAUUACUUCUACACUAUCAACCGCUACACGCUGACCAGAGUGGCCCGAAACAAAAGCCGGCUAAGGAUUUCAACUGAACUCCGGUACCGUAAGCAGCCGUGGGGACUUGUUAAAACAUUCAUUGAGAAAAAUUUCUGGAGCGGACUUGAUGAAUAUUUCCACCAUUUGGAGAACGAACUAACCAAAGCAGAGACGGCGUACCUGUCCGAUCUUCACAGACAGUCCCCUAAAGAGAAGAGCAGCAAGAUUUCAUCAACGAGGCGAAGGAAGCGUCCUCAUACUCACUUAAGAAUUCCUCAUCUACAGGAGGUGCUCAGUCCGGUUACAACACCCACUGAUGAGGAAAGACAACACCAUGUCAGACAUGUAGCAGGCUCCACUCAGACGCGACAUGUUCCGGAGGAGAAGCAUAGUCAGCUCCAGAGCAUCUCUAAACUCCUGCUGGUCAUCAGUUGUGUGUAUGUCAUUAGGCUGGUGCUGCUGGUCAUGCUCAAUGUAAUGCUCUUCUACAAGCUCUGGAUGUUGGAAUAUAGCACUCAAGCCCUGAGCACAUGGCAAGGCCUCCGACUCCAGGAAAGCCUCCCGCAGUCACAGGCCGAGUGGACCCAGCUGCUGGAGUCUCAGCAAAAACACCACGACACAGAGCUUCAAAAAUGGAGGCAGAUUGUAAAGUCAUCUGUCAUGCUGCUGGAUCAGAUGAAAGAUUCCUUGAUAAACCUCCAAAAUGGCAUUGUUUCACGAGACUAUGUGUCAGAAUCGGAGGACAAACCUUACCAAUGA